GUACUAUCUCAGUUUGGAAUACCUACACAAAUAACAAGUGACAAUGGGCCACCAUAUAACGGUGAAAAGUUUAGGCAAUAUGCCAAGUACAUGGGUUUUGAACACAAAAAGAAAAUACCAUAUGCCCCGUGGGCAAAUGGCACCGCGGAGAACUUCAUGAAAAACCUAGGAAAACUUAUCGAAACAGCGCAAGAGGAAAAAUUAAACUGGCGCCAAGAACUCCACAAAUUUCUGCGUGCAUAUCGAGCCACUCCACAUCCAAUGACAAAGAAAUCGCCAGCUUCUCUCCUGUUUAAUGGGAGAAAAUACAAAACAAGACUACCGACACCCACCAGCAAAACCAUACUGGUUUACGACAAGGAAGUCAGGAAGAACGACCAGAUCAGCAAAAGAAAUAUGAAACUGCGAGCAGACAGCAAGAAGCAUGUCAAAACAAGCGAGAUCAAGGUCGGAGACAAAGUGCUAUGUCAACAAAAACGAGGGAGAAAACACACCCCCGCCUACAGCAAUGAAAUAAUGCGAGUCAUGAAACGAAAAGGCAGUCUGAUAGUAGCACGUGGGGAAACAAAGACGAUAACCAGACACGUCACCUUCUUUAAGAAAGUAACAGAGGACUUUGACGUAGAUACCUCGGACACCCCCUUGACAGAACUAGUACCACCCGGGAAUCAACGAAUAGUAGCAGACAUAAUUCACCCACCUGGGCAAGUACAACCAGGAAGAGAAAGACUCGAGAUCGGACUACAGAACCCGGAGGCCCUGGAGCCAAGAGAGAGAGUAUUAAGAGACGUGAAUCCAGAACCAGUACGCGAGGCCCGGCCGGUCAGAAACAGACGACCGCCAAUAAGAUUUAGGGAUGAAAACUAUGAAUAUAACUUAGAGGAAAAUUUAGAAGAGUAA